CCAGAAACCCUUCUCUUCUGUAAGCUCUGCCUUCACCUGUACCAUGACUACACCAUUAUCAGUUUCCACACAAUUUCAUGGCAUAUUUGUCCCUUACAUAUGGACAAACUUUCUCUUAACCUAUUAAGAACUUAAUUCUACAAACCCCUGCCCUUGUGUGUGUGUGUGUGUGUUUAUCUUAAAUGUUUUUCUGCACUCAUCCUCAAAGUCUCCCCUAAUCUCAUAGACAACAUACUGUACCUCUGAGUCAACUUCAUCAUUAUAUACUAGUAUGAUGGAGAAAACUGUUAACAAUUAGUAUUGAAAAUUAUUCUUUAUCUUGGCCAGGUUAUGCAUUGAUAUAAUCCAUUGUAAAUUAGACUUAGUUUUCUGAAGCAUCAAGCACUGUUACCAUUGUUAGUUGAGAAAACUCUGUCUGAAAUGGGCACAGUUGCCUGCCUGAGUUGUUACCUAACUCAAUGUACAGCAUGCCCUUUUAAGUUGUUUCCAACAAUAAUUCAAAAGCUAUUUAGGAAGGUAAUUCCCUAUUAUCCCUGCUACUGUUCAAAUUGUUAGUCAAAAACUACUGGAAGUAUUGUAAUAGGUGUUUCAAAGCUUACCCCAAAUCUGAUUUGGAACUUUGGGUCCUGGGAAGAUGGGAAACACUAGACCAAAAUCAUAAAAUCUUAAAUAUAUUUGUUAAUGACAUGAGGGUAUUGGGGAACAGUUUGAAUUUUGUUUUUUUUUAAAGAUUCUAGAUGUCUGACUAAAUUUUUAAUCAACUCUUAUUUAAAUAUACCAGUUACAGCUGUUCUUAAUAGUAUGCCUGGUGUUUUAUUGCACUAUGGGCUGAGAAUUUCAAAUCCCAGGAUGCUAUGUUUAAUGCAUGGCUACAGAUUGUAAUUGCUUAUCUUGCAGUCAAGGAAACUGAGGCUGAAAGACAAUACUUUGUGAGUGUUUCUACUCAUGAGGCUGCAUCAUCCCAGACUUGGGAACAAGCCAAUAUUCACACAGUUCUUGCUACCAGUGAUCUUGGAGAUAAAAGAUAAAAGACAGGCAUAGAGGCACACACCUCUGGAGUAUAAAGAUAUAUGAAUCAAAGAUACAGUAACUAGAGACAGGACAUAAAAACAGAUCUUUGCUAUAUUCAUUUUUUUAAAAAUCAACAUAGUAACAAAGAAAAAGGUAUUAUAGAAAAAGAAAGGUCUCUCCCUCUGAAAGAUACUAAUGCUGAUGCAGUAAGAUGGGAUUGUUUUCUUUCAUACUGACUUUCAUUUUGCUUUUUGGACUGUUCUAGGAUUUUCAUGGGGUGAGGGUUCAGACAGGUUCUUGUUAUGUGACUGUGGCUGACCUGAAACUCUCUAUAUUGCCUAAGCUGAAUAUGACUGUAGUGAAUCUACAGUAAUCUUCCUGCCCCACCCUACUUCAAAAGCAAGUGAGCCACCAUGCUUGGCAUAUUUUUUUUUUAAAGAAGUGCCUUGUUCACUAGGUGUGAGGGACAGGAGGUUAAGGGAAGGUACAGACUGGGAAAUGAUUCACAGGGGUGGUAAAAAAAUUAAAUAGGAAAUGCAAGGAGGUAUUUGGUGAGCAUUUGAGUUUAUUUCAACAUAUGCUGAGUUCAAAAUACAUGGAUUAUGUAAACAUUUAAACAUGUAAUUUAAUUUUGCUAAUAUGGAAGUCUAUUUGCUAAUAUAAAUAUGUUUUGUAAUUUCAAAUAUUUUUAUUUUCUCCCACAGAUUCCACUUAAGGUACAAGAUGCCCCAUAAAGACAACAAGAAAAAUAGUAGGAUUUUUUUGAUUAAAGAAGAAAAUCUUGUCUAUUGCACAUGUCAAGGCUAUCUUUUAUGUACCAGAAACACACUAUGACAUAAAAUAUGUUUUAUAGAUACAUAUCAUUUCCUCGAACUCCACUUAAAAGAUCCCAAAUUUUCUGCCGAUGAAGUUAGAAAUGGUUUUGAAUAUUAGUGAAAUAACAAUAUUCCUUCUUAUAACUGGACUUGGCAUUGUGGCGAAUGCUUCUGUCUUUGUGAAUCACAUAGGCGCUUUUGUGGGCUCUGGGAAGAAAUCUAUACACCUCAUUCUCAUGCACUUGGCUUUUACAAAUAUUAUAAUGCUUUUCUCCAAGAGCAUGCCAAUGACAAUUGCAGCUUUAGGUCUGAGACACUUCCUAGGUGAUGUGGGCUGUCACAUUAUUGUUUAUCUAGAAAGGAUGACCCGGGGCCUCUCCAUCUGCACCAGCAGUCUCCUCACUGUGGUCCAGGCCAUCAUCAUGAGCCCCAGAACCUCCUGGUGGGGGAGGCUCAGACUGAGGUCCACAUGGUAUAUGCUUUUCUCAGGGCUCUUUUUUUGGAUUCUCAAUUCCUUGAUCAGCAUGAACCUCCUCCACUCCAUCAGAAACAGAGUCACAAACACAUUACAACUGAAUAACAAUAGUUUAUACUGUUAUUUCAAAAAAGAAAGUCAGAAAAUAAACAGCAUGCUUCUUCCUCUCAUGGUCCUGAGAGAUGCUGUGUUUCAGGGUACCAUGGGAGGGGCCAGUGGCUACAUGGUGUCUCUUCUCCACAAGCACCACCAGCAUGUCCUCUACCUUCAGAAGGCCAAGCUUCUCUACAGAACUCCCCCUGAGCUGAGAGCUACUCAGAGUGUCCUCCUUCUGAUGCUCUGUUUUCUUUUCUUCUAUUGGACAGAUUGUGCUGUCUCUUUGUAUUUAUCUUUUUCUUUGAAGAAUGACUCCUUCACAAUGCAUUUUCAAGAAUUUCUGACCCUUGGUUAUGCAGUUCUCAACCCAUUUAUCCUGAUUCAGAGGGAAGGACACCUGGCUGAAUGUUGGCAUGGUCAGUAAGAUUGGAGAAGCCACGUUUCUUUGAUCUCUUCAGAAUAGGAGGUUUGAAACGACUGUUAGUAUUUUCUAUGCCUUGUAUAUGUUUUUUAAUCAAGUAAGAAAAGCUUAAGCAGGUAAAGAUAGUCUCACACAGUACAGCUGGUGGUGAGCAGCCUAUGUUUGAUACGAAGAUCAGAUUAAAGAGAGAGGGACCCAGGUAUCUUCUCAUUUACUCUCACAUCAUCCUUCAACAUUCAGUGUGGACUCUGCAUAGAUAGAUGGAGGUCAUUUGGUGUGAAUUCUGCAUAGAUAGAUGGAAGUCAUUGAGUGUGAACUCUGCAUAUAGAUAAAUGGAGGCCACUCAGUAUGAACUCUGCAUAGAUAGAUGGAGGUCAUUUGGUGUGAAUUCUGCAUAGAUAGAUGGAGGUCAUUCAGUGUGAAUUCUGCAUAGAUAGAUGGAGGUCAUUUGGUGUGAAUUCUGCAUAGAUAGAUGGAGGUCAUUUGGUGUGAACUCUGCAUACAUAGAUGGAGGUCAUUUGGUGUGAAUUCUGCAGAGAUAGAUGGAGGUCAUUUGGUGUGAACUCUGCAUAGAUAGAUGGAGGUCAUUCAGUGUGAAUUCUGCAUAGAUAGAUAGAGGUCAUUUGGUGUGAACUCUGCAUAGAUAGAUGGAAUCUCUCUCCACUGAGCUUCAGGUAGUGAAGAUCAGCAGAGUGAUGUGCCAGCAUCUGCACAAAUUACUGAAGUGAAUCCCUUUGACUCAGGAACCCCAUUUCUAGGAACUAAUCCUUCAGAUACACAUGUUCACUGAAGAAAUACAAUUUACAAAUUAUAUACAUCAUUCCAAACACAUUGCCUAAAUACCAAACGAGAUGUGCAUUUGUUAGCUACUUGAAAAUAUUCAGGGGCUGGGGAGUAACUCAGUGUCAGGGUGACUUCCUCUAUGGACAAGGCCCAGGCUCAACCUCCAGAACCAAAGCAAAGAGAACAACACAACAGGAAACAUAUCCCCAAGUUCCACACUGACAAGAGAAUUAUGGCAUUGAGGACUGGUUGAGAUGGCUCAGCAGGGAAAGGCACUUAUCACCAAGACUGACACCUGAGCUUGACCCCAGGAACCACAUGAUUAAAGAAGUAAACUGACUCUCUUAAGCUGCCCUCUGACCUCUACAUGUGCCAUGGCACAUGCAUGCUCCCCUCCCACAAAAAAAUGUAUUUUAAAAAUUUACAAGAUUUUUGGUAUGAUAUUUAUAAGAUGAUAAGCUUAAAAUAUAUUAAUAUAGAAUGAAAUAUUUAAGUGAGUUUUAAUUUAAUAAAAUAAAAACAUAAAAAUAAUGGAAUAUAGUAAUAUCUUUAAUUAGAUUUGCUCUCCAUCAUUUUGCAAGAAUAAGAAAACCAUAAGAAUUAUUAUAUUUGAGACAAUCUAGAUAAACAGAAGUUUAAUAAGUACUUCCUUUUACCUUUAUGAGUUAUUUUGUUUUUUAAAAAUAUGAGGAAACUGAAGAGAUAGGUCAGUAGUAAAGAUCACAUGCUGCUCUUGCAAAGGACUCAUGUUUUAUUCCCAGUACAUCAAGUGGUUCAUAACUGCAUAUAACUCCAGGUCCGGGGGGAUCCAACAUCUCUGGACUUCUCUGGCACUUGUACUCAUGUACAAAGACACAUACACAUAACUACAAAUAAAAGUAAACAUUUUGGCUAUUGAAGUUUUUCUUUUUGUUUUAGAGACACAGUCUCAUGUAAUAACCCAAACUGGCCUCUUGCUUUAAGGCAGAGGCUGGCUGUCUUAAUUAGAGUUUUAUUGCUGUGAAGAGAUAUGACCACAGCAACUCUCAUAAAGGAAAACAUUUCACUGGGGCUGGCUUACAGUUCAGGGGUUUAGUCCAUUAUCAUCAUGGUGGGAAGCAUGGUGGCAUGCAGGGAAACACAGUGCUAGAGGAGGAGCUGAGAGUUCAAUAUCUGGAACUGCAGGCAGCAGUAAGUGAAUGUCACACUAGACCUGCUUGAGCAUUUGGGAUCUCAAAGCCUGCCCCCUCGUGAUGCACUUCCUCCAACAAGGCCACACCUCCUAAUAGUGCCACUCCCUAUGAGCUAAUGGGGGCCAUUUUUAUUCAAAUCAACACAAUGGCCUUGAACUCCGGAUCUUCCUGUCCCUAAUAUUCCAACUGCUGGGAUUAGAGUUAUAUGCCACUGUGCCUGGCUCAAAUUUAUUUUGGUGACUGCGUUGAAGAUCUGAGAGAUGUAGGAAUGGUGCUGGUCAGUGCUCCUGUUGACAGAAAAAGCAAGUCAAACUGGUAGAAGGUGGGAAGAGCCUCGGUAGGGUCUUUCACAGUGGGCAUUUCCCUGCUCUGUUGAGGACAUAAUAGGAGAGGAGUAUGGAAGGGCUUCUGGCUUACUGUGAAGAUUUAGGUGCGGUUUUGUAGAUAUGUACUGUUUCUAAGAGUCACUGACUGCAUUUAAGGUAAGUGUAGUUUUCUUCCUUUUGAUCUAACAAUCCCAACUACUGGAUAUACAGCCAAAGGAAAUGAAAUCAGAAUGUUAGAGACACUUACACUCUAUGUUUAGUCACAAAAGCAUUCACUAUGCACAUGGAUUCAACCUAAGUGUCUGUCAAUAGAUGAAUACAUAAAACUGUCAUAUAUAAACUGAAUGAAAUAUUAUUCAUCCACAAAAAGAAAGAAAUCCUAAGGGUCUAGAUGGGAAUAGGAAGUGAGGAGUAAUAGAAGAAGAGGAAAUUGGGAGAGGAUCAAGCAAAACCCAGCAGGUAUUAAAAUGCCAUAAUGGAGCCAACUAUUCUGAAUGCUGAAAUAAAAAUGCUGAAAUAGAUAAACAAAGGGACAAAAACAAUCAUCACCACAAAAGGAAAGAAAUUAUGACAUGAAUAAAAAGCAAAGCAUCCAGCCCACAAUAAUAAAUGGUGGAGAGAACUAAAAACAGCUCUUGAGUUGCCUAGAAGGGAGAAAGAGGAGGAGGGGGAAGACAAGAAGACAACGAUGUAAGAGAAGGAGAAAAAGGACAAGGAAAAGGUACCGCUGUCUGGAGGACCAGCCUCCAGCAGCACAAGGCUCAAAGGAAAAGUCCACAGCGUGAUGAAGUUAAGACUUUUCUAUCUGAGGGGUUUUGAGGGAGGAAAACACUCACACACAUUCUCUCCUGAUGGUUUCUUUUCUUUAUUUUGUUCAUGUUCUCAUGACGCUGUUGUCUUUCAUGUUAAACAACUCUGUUGCUCCUACAUUGCUCCGUCCUAUCAUGUCUUUUUACAGUUUAUAUAUCCCAACAAACUCUUUCAGGCAAUAUAAGAGUUCUAAUUACCCAAGAAUAUCUGCAGCCCUCAUUUGGGACUACAAAGUCAAAUUAUAAUCUGUAGCCUUGACUAGUCAGAAUUUAUUUUCACAAAUUGAGGUCAGGAAUGGGUGCAAGGAACUAAUCAUUUGCCAGCUAGCUAUAACUGGGCUGUUUUUAUAUAUACAACCUAGCCAAACAGUACAGAUGUGUGUUGUCAUGAACAAAAAAUUGGAAACAUUUAUCUAAAAAACAUUAGCAAGGCAUCUGGUCUAAUCUUAAGCCUUUUGAAGCUUUGUUUCACCUAAUGAUGUACAAGAAAGCUGUGACUUCAUAUCUCAGCAUAAAGAUUAAAGGAAUUUGAGCCAGCCUAGCUCCGGGACACAAAUGUUUUCCUAAAUCAUAAAUCUAAGCUGUGAUCUAAAGCAAGUCCUAAGUGUUUCACAGUCCUUGUGGAACUUAGUUAUGAAACAUAUUCUAGCAUUAUUUUUAUUCAACAAAACUCUGUCAAUAGACAAUAAAGCUUAAGAAAUCAUCUUUCUGACAAUCCACAGAAUUAAACGCCCAGUAGAUGGAGAUGUAAUCAUGAGAUAGACACACUACAAUACAGAUAGUGGUGACUCCCCACAUCAUAUACAUUGUAGCAGUAAGCAUUCAGGGACACAACAGAAGCAAAAUACAUUCUGGAGUCUGUGUUCUCAUAAGCCUUGCUUAAAUGAGACAUGCCCAUUAGAGAGUUUUUCUUCUGGUGGGUUGACACUUGAACUUCAAUUGCCAUCUACUGUUCCUCUGACA